GGCUUAUUCGUUUCAAGACUAUCAGUUUCUGUUCAGUGUUCGUAACGAAUUUGUUGUGUGAUUGCAUAGUAUGUUGUUUAUGCCGUAAAUGAUAACUGCACCAUAACCGAAAUACAGUGAAACAGCAAUUCCAUUCUGUGAUUAACUGCUAAGUGCUGAAGACUUUCAUCUAGUGCACAGAAGAGGAUGGCUUGGCAGUUCUAAAUGGUGUCUGGAUUAACCAGAUUCUUGCCAUCUGCUAGUAAAUGGUUCAUUUUUUUCACUUUGCUGGAACUUAAAACACAGUGAACAUGCAGCCAAGACAAAGAGGAAUAAAUCUGGGUUUUCUGUUGCUGCUUUCCCAAAUUUUCCAAGUGGGAGUUAACAAUAUUCCUGUUGUGACUCUUGGCACACUGGCACUGAACAUUCUGCUCUUUCUGAAACCAAUGAAGAACUUAUUGUCAGUGUGCAUUAGUGUUCAUGAAGCAUAUUACCAAAGCGACUGGAAACGUCUCAUUUUCUCACCAUUUCAUCAUGCUGAUGACUGGCACCUCUACUUCAAUAUGAUGUCUUUGCUGUGGAAGGGCAAGAAGUUAGAGCCAAGGCUUGGUAGUGCCUGGUUUGCGUACAUCAUUGCAGUUUUCUCAGUCUUAACAGGAGUAGUUUACAUAUUGCUGGAACUUGUGCUUGCAGAGCUGAUGGAUGACCAUGUCUAUAGGAUGCAGUGUGCUGUUGGUUUCUCAGGCGUUCUGUUUGCACUGAAAGUACUUAACAAUCAUUACCAUCCAGGAGGAGCGACAGUUGUGAUGGGUUUCCCAGUACCAAAUAAGUAUUCAUGUUGGGUUGAACUCAUAGUUAUUCAUUUCAUCUCCCCGGGAUCAUCAUUUGUUGGACAUCUUGCAGGCAUUCUUGUUGGAUUAAUGUAUACAAAAGGUCCACUGAAGGCAAUCAUGAAAGGCAUUGCAGGAUUUUUCCCCUCUGAUGGUCGAUAUGCAGAAAGGAUGUACUAUAAUUCUUCAGGUUAUUCUGGGCACAGGCAAGAAAGAGACCACUCUUACUACAGCCCUGCAUCCACUCCAUAUGAGGCGUAUACCGGUGGCCUGAGUGAAGAGGAACAGUACCAGGAGGCCAUACAAGCUAGUCUUAAUGACAGAGGAAGAUCUGGCUCCUGGAGACCGCCACCAUAUGGAUUUCGUGUUCCAACUGAACAACCAACACCGGAAGAUAUCAGAAGACAGAGGCUGCACAGAUUUGAUAGAUAAAUAAAAAGGUGUUCCUGCAACCAUCCAAGUGCCUUUCCCAGACUUUUGCUUGUUUCAUGUUUGGAUUUUUCAGGGAUAUGUAAAUUCAAUCUUUUUGUUUUUUCCAGAGAGUAUCAACUUUUUCUUGUGCUUAAUUGUAUUUUUUUCUUUUUCUUUUUUGAUGAGGAUAUGAAAAAUACUUAUUAGGAUGUAAAGUAUUACUUGAAAGAAAAAUCCUCAUAUUUAAUUUGUGACAUAACUGAUGUCUUGUGAUACGUUCUUUAUUAUAGUAAAUACUUCCACGUUGUGCUGUAAUAAUGUUUAAGUUGAAGAAUUGUGAGAAUUUGAGAAUUCAUCCUUUCAGAUUACUAUGACAGAAUAAUAAAACCACAUAGCAUAAAUGGCAAACUGCACUCAGUACAGAGAGUUAAUAUCAUUCAGAUAUUUUGAGAGAAUAGGAAGGUUACCAUAUCCCCAGAAUUAAAAAUAAUAAUUCUGCUGUUAGAAACAGACAUUUUCCACUUUUCAUUAACAGUUAACAUAAUCUUACAAAAGAAGAUAUAAUUUAUACUGGCUCAAACAUCUUUAGUAAGGCAAUUCAGAAGAAAUGUGUUGCUAAUAGCAUCAGAAAUGUAUAAGCUUGAGGGUUGGGGCAGUUGAGGUUGUUUAGUAGGAUUUAACAGAUGUAAGUUAAAAGAUCCGUCACUGAAACAGCCGAGCAUAGGUAACAGCCUGGCAUUAAAACUGAAUGUUAUAUUCCCAAAGGUCAUUUCCAUUGGGACUGGUUGAAAAAAAUGUUUUGUUAAAAUGUAAUAUCAUACUUUAAAGUGCAUCGCAGCAAAUGAAUUAACCACUUGAGAUGCAUCUUGCACUGAUCAUUUCAUAUUUCUUUGGACCGUGUCUUGAAUAAAAAGCCUUUUAAACUUUUUAUUAAAAUCUCUAUCCAAAUACAUUUAGAAUCUCCCUCAGUGAUGUCAACUAAGGGUGCUUCCAUAGACUUUAAUGGCCAUGUUUCUGUACAUGUGCAGAAUACGUCCAUUAAGGAAUGCAUUUACAUUUUCAAUGAGUUGAUGGCACUGAGGUUAAAGAUCAUCUUUAAAUUUCAGUAGCAUCAACUCAGGGAAAAAAAAUUAACAAAUGCUGGAAUUUAAUAACUAUUAGAGGAAAAACAUUCACUAAUCAGGUGAAAAUGCUGAUUGGCACUUUAUGAGCCACGUGGGAUGGUGCUAAAGGUAAGUCGCCAAGUGUGACUAUAUACUUUAAAUGGGUUUUGUCUGUAAAUAGUAACAUUAAAAAUAUUUCUUUUAAAGGAUUUCCACAGGUAGUCUGCAUAUCAUGAGUAAAUGAACAUCAUGUGUUUAACAGAAAAAAUUGUUAGAAUAUAACUCAAGUAUUAGACUGUCUUUCCUCAGGCUAAAGUCAAGAAUAAGAAUUUUCUGCAGUCAUACUGUAAGAGCGCAUUUACCAGAGGAACAGUAGUAGUUGAAAUUAGACUGCGUAGCACAGAGUACUUGGAAGUAUUAACACUUCUUUGAAAGGUGCUAAGGGUUAGGGGGGGCUAGGGAGCCUGGAUGCUUGGACACUCUUCUAAUAUGAUAUAUCAGUGGCUUGUUAACUUUUUCAGUCUUGAGCUCCUACAUGUUGGAUAUGAAUACCCACUAAGCCCACAGUAAGGCAAUCUUAUGUCAAGAAUAAGGGUUGCAGUUCCUUGUAGCAGCUCAUGUGGUUUACAUCUCAUACUGGCAUGCAUCAUUGGAAACUGUCCUCAUUAAGUGCAGAAAAAAAUGCUAACCUUCUGAAUGCUCGUGAAAUUGCUGGAUCAUCAGUGAAGGUCAUCCUGUUGCUGCUGCUUCCUAGAACUGGAACAUAAUGUGGGCAGCUGUUACUUUAACCCAGUAGCUCCUCUUGCACAUUCAUGCAAAGCACAAGGCCUACCACACCACAAAGGCCUGUAAUAGUGAAGAAAAGUGAUACAGUCGUGAGAAGGUCAGUGCAUAGCUCAUUGCACAAAUUCUUUUAGCAGUGGAAGGAACAUGUGUUUUUCAAAAAUUUCAAAAAAAAGCUUUAAUCCCAACAAAGAAAAUGAUUCUACAAAAUUUCUAGUACCCAUGAAAGAAGGAACCUGGAGACCUGUGUUGGAUCUGUCUCUUCUCAAUCUGUUCAUAAAAAUUACAAAAUUCAAAAUGAUUUUCCUUUAGACUGUUUCCUCUUAUCCUUCCACACUGCUUUCUGGUUACUCUGGAACUGAAAGACUCCUGUCAUCAUAUUUAUUUUCACUGAGAGUUCAGACCUUGCUUAAGGUUUUCUGUAUUUGGUUUACAUUUUCAAUUCUCUUCUUUACCCGUUAGACUUUCCACAGCUUCAAGGGUAUUUACAAACUGUCUGGCUCUGGUAAUUAGUGCAGAUUACAGGGAAUAAAGAUUUUUACUUGCUUAGACGAUUGCUUUAUUUUUUGCCUCUUCAAAAUUGUCACGUUCCUUUUUUUGUCAUGAAUCUGUUUCAAAACCUAAAUUUUCAUCUCAACCUGGAGAAAUCUUGCCUAUUCACUAAUCACAGGCUGACAUUCGUAAGAUGCCCACUGGAUACAUCUCUUAGGAUGGCUAAUAUUCCACCAGAAAACAUUGCCUUCUACCAUUUCCAGUUCCUAGAGUUUACCCCCCAAACUAUGGCACCUGCAAAGGAUUAACUCAGAAAUUCGGGAUGCAUGGCUUCCACUUUCUUGAUGUUUGUACUACCCUGAUUGCACAUGAGAAAAUUACAGUGGUUUCCAAGUCAGUGUGGACUCAAUACUAGCAUCCUCUUUAAUUUCCUAUCCCUGUUCUACAAUUUUCAGGAAGGAACUCUUAUGAUGGGUGAUUCAAACCUUGUUAAAUUCAGGAUUACCCCACCUCCACUACACACACACCCCUUCUCAGUCUGUACCUACAAAUGCAUCAGUCGUUAUAUGGGGUGCAGUAUCCUAUUCAAGGCUAUCAAAGUGCAAGGGAUUUGAAAGCAUCACUUGAAGAAAAAAAAACACAAUUAUCAAAAAAACGAUGACCUUUGAUAAAUACAGUAUAGACCUUGAAUCACUGGACUCCAGAAUCACUGUUGGUAACACAGACAACACCACUAUGAUGUGGUCCAUAAACAAGAGGGACUAGAUCUUACUCCCUGUACAGACUACCCAUGAUAAACUGCAAGGAGGCUACUUAAAGCCCAUCAGAGCACAGCACUGUAGUAGACAGGUUGAGUAGAUCCAGGAUGGACCCUCACAAAUGGAUGUUGCACCCAGAAUCUUCCAGGUGAUUAUAUACCUGUGGGGAACUCCCCAAAUAGAUCUGUUCACAUCCAUUCACACCAGAAAGCUGAAAUGAAGUUCUGCUCCAGGACACCUUACAAAAGAAGCCUGAAAGACAGAUGCCUUUUCCUUUGCAUGAUUCUCCAUGCCUCCCCCCUUUCUUUUAAUAACCAGAGUUCUUUUACAUAUUCAAAAGGACUCAUCAAUCAUGCUAGUAACUCCCUUUUGGCCCAGACAGUAUAGGUUUUCCCUUCUAAUGAAAAUAGUCAAGAGCAGUUACCACAGACUUUUCCCACACAAUGGAUCUAUUCACGCAAGAUAAGGCAUCACUGAUCUCCCCUACAUGCAGAACUUGCAUCUAACUGCUUGGAUGAUAGCAUUUUGAUCCCAGUCAGGCACCUGAAGAUAUGCAGAGGGUAUUAAAGGAAGCCAGAAGACCUGCCACUAGAAAAUCUUAUUUCGCCAAAUGGAAGAGAUUUUCUAGUUGGUGUGUCAAGAGAAACCAGGACCCAUCGACUGUUGAGGCCCCACUAGUUCUCCAAUAUCUCUGUGAGUUGCUCAAAUCAAGCCUUUCUUGCUCAUCCGUUGAGUAAGAGUGCAGGAUAAGAAGAUAUUGAUGUCUGUGUACUCUGUGAGUAUGGUCCCAAAUCCUGAUGGUCCACUUGUUUAUAGCCACUGUAUCACAGUCCAUUUGUCAGUGACAGUGAUUUGUCACAGUUAGCAUCAUUGACAGCAUUCAUGUACCUGGAUGUGUGUAUGCCAGUCCCAAAAACAUGCUUUUCACCUGUCUUCAAGCUUUUCCAGUGAAAAAAAACACACUUAGGGCAAUGUCAACAUCCCAUAACAGAAGGAAAAGUUCAUCAUUUGCACAUAUACGCACACCCAAAAAAUACACCCCAAAUUUCUUCACUGCCUUGCGCAUCCACAAGAGGAUGUGCGACUGCAUAAUGAUGUAGCCAGAUUUCCACAAUUAGUAUGCAUAUUAGCUUUGCUCUCCCCUUAAAAAGGGCCAUGAUUCCCUCUAUCCACAAAGUUAAACAAGUAAGGUAACCUGUUUUGUAGUUGCAAUAAGGUACUUUGAGAGAGUGCCAUGGGUUUAUGCUGUUUGCUGUGUGCUACGACUCAUUCUUCAGCCGACCCGAAAAGAGAAUCAGUGUUAUAGCACUAAACUGUGUUGUUGACUUUUAUUACUCAGUGCUUUUAUCUUGCCUGAUGUACCUAUUUUGAAAAGAAAAAUAUAAAUUAAUUAAUUAAAGCUGCAAGCACUCAGCAGUUCUCCUAGCUACACCUUGGUUAUUGACCCUGGAAAUGUAUACCUUUUGAGAAUUACCAUAAUGUUGUUUUUCAAUUUGUUGACAAUUGCAUGUGGUAAAGUCUUAUAAAACUUGCAUUUUUUCUGUAAGAUGUAAUGUGUACGUAUCUAUGUAUAAAAUAGCUGUUGUUUUAAAGCUGCAGUCCAUACUUGUUUUUGAACAUUUUUAUCAGACCAUUUUUAUGAUUAACAUUUUUUAUUGCAAACCACCUUUAAAGCUAAAAUAGUGUUUCCAUACUUUACAGUUCAUGCUUUUUGGAAAUUAUUACUAUUUUCUUUUUCGAAUUAUGAUACUGUGUUCCAAAUUAAAAAAAAAUGUUACAUAUGUUGUUUUUUUCUGUAAAAGCAAAUUAUCUAUUGGAUUAUUUAUUCUUUUAAAACUGUAUUAAAUCAUUUUCAUUUACCAUUUUA